ACGGUACGUUUUAACCUCCGCAUCGCACUGGCAUUCGCUCAUGAUGCGUUGCCGCUAAGAACAGGAACAUGGAAGAUUCGAAACAACAGCGAAAGAAGAACUACAGAAAGAGAAGUGCUCCAACAGAACAAGAUCAACUAGUGCAAUCUGAAAACAACAAUGAAUCCGAUGACGAACGAGAAAGAAGAAUGGCAUUGGAAGAGAUUAAACUCCUCCAGAAGCAGAGAGAAAGGAAAUCAGGGCUUCCAGCAAACCCUAGUUUGCCAGCGCAGAGUGGAAUUAGCGGCGGUUUAGCUGCUAAAGCCACCGAAAAGAACGACGGCGAUGGCGGUGAUAAGGACGAGCUUGUUCUUCAGGACACCUUUGCUCAAGAGACCGCUGUUAUGGUUGAAGACCCCAAUAUGGUCCAGUAUAUUGAGCACGAAUUAGCAAAGAAGAGGGGCAGGAAAAUUGAUGCAGCUGAUCAAGUUGAGAAUGAGUUGAAACGUGCUGAAGAUGAACUAUAUAAAAUCCCUGAGCAUCUUAAAGUAAAAAGGCGAAAUUCAGAAGAAAGCUCUACUCAGUGGACUACUGGUAUUGCUGAGGUUCAGCUUCCAAUCGAAUAUAAGUUAAAAAAUAUUGAAGAAACAGAGGCUGCAAAAAAGCUUCUACAGGAAAAGAGGCUUAUGGGUCGGACAAAAUCAGAAUUCAGCAUUCCAUCAAGUUAUAGCGCUGAUUAUUUCCAGCGUGGCAGGGAUUAUGCUGAAAAACUUAGAAGAGAACAUCCUGAGUUGUACAAAGAUAGAAGUCUACAGGAUGAUAGUUCUGGUUCAAAACAAAAUGAAUCCGGCACUGAUGCAGCUGGAGCAGUACAGAGGCAGGCUGCAACAGAUCAAUUCAUGUUAGAGCGCUUCAGGAAACGAGAACGUCACCGGGUAAUGCGAAGAUAACACGUAUGUGAUAUUAGUGGCAUGUUUUACAAGAGUACAUCAAGGAUUGGUAGAAGUCCAACUCCAGUUGAAUGGCAUGCCAUUGAUCUGCGUCUAUUCCUUCUUUGCUCAAAUAUCAGCAGAAGAUCGUACAGCUGCAAUCAUGCUUUAUUUUUUGUGGGUUCUUAUUAUUUUUAUUUAGACAAAACUUUUAAGAAGUAACAAAAAUGUAUUAAUUUAGCCACUGCCAGCAUCGUGUCUGACUUUGCAGUGGCCUCUGUUAAGAGGCAACAAAGAAUUGUGAUAGUUAGCGCAUCUUUGGUUGGUCACCAAUGACUUGCUGUGAGCAUCAUAUGCUUAUGAACUUCUGGUAAUGGUGAAGGUCCUAAAUGGGUUAGGUGCCUUGUUAGGCGAUCUGCAUGUUUUGUACUGACCAAAAUAUUUAAUUUUCCAUUGAAAGCUUUUGCAUCUUUAGGAACCCUCCGUCAGUAGU